AUGAAUCACGUAAGCGGUGAAAUGGAUCAGGUGUGUAGUGAUUCUUCUCUUCCUUCUUCUAAUCCUCAGCUUCAGCCUACACCUUCUCUAAAUCUUUCUUCUCGCAAUAAGGUUUUUAAGAGUGGGCCGCUUUUCAUAUCUUCCAAAGGAAUCGGAUGGACAUCCUGGAAGAAAAGGUGGUUUAUUUUAACACAAACUUCACUUGUUUUCUUCAGAAGUGAUCCAAAUGUUGUUUCUCAGAAGGGAAAUGAAGUAAACUUGACCCUUGGUGGCAUUGACCUUAACAAUUCAGGCAGUGUUUCUAUCAAAGAAGAUAAGAAACUUUUGACUGUACAAUUUCCCGAUGUUCAUGAUGGACGAGUAUUCACACUUAAGGCUGAAACUACUGAAGAUUUAUACGAAUGGAAAACUGCACUUGAGAAUGUUUUGGCACACGCACCAAGUGCCACUAAUGUGACGGGGCAAAGUGGUAUCUUUAGAAGUGGACAGGCCGAGUCACUCGAUAUUUAUUUGGACCAGUUGAAAGAUAGAGAUGCAGUAAAAUAUGAAGUCCUUGGUCGGCCAAUUCUACUUGCUUUGGAGGAAGUUGAUGGAACUCCAUCUUUUUUGGAAAAAGCCCUGAGGUUCAUAGAAGAGCAUGGAGCCAAAGUAGAAGGGAUCUUGCGGCAAGCUGCUGAUGUUGAAGAUGUUGAAAAUCGAGUGCGAGAUUAUGAACAAGGAAAAGUUGAAUUUUCUGAGGAGGAGGACGCACAUGUUGUUGCUGAUUGUGUUAAGCAUGUAAUUCGUGAACUGCGGUCUUUUCCAGUCCCAGCAUCUUGUUGCAAGGCAUUGUUAGAAGCAUCUCGAACUGCACGUGCGAAUAGGGUUCCUGCUAUGCGUGCAGCAAUAUGGGACACUUUUCCUGAACCAAACCGCCGUUUGUUGCAAAGAAUACUCUUGAUGAUGCAAACAGUAGCUUCCCUACAAGCUGAGAACAGAAUGAGCUCAUCGGCUGUGGCAGCAUGCAUGGCACCGUUACUUCUUCGCCCCCUUCUAAUUGGAGAUUGCGAGGUUGAAAAUGAUUUUGAUGUAGGUGGAGAUGAUUCCAUUCAACUCUUACAAGCAGCUGCUGCAGCUAACCAUGCUCAAGCAAUUGUUAUUACUUUAUUAGAAGAAUAUAACAGCAUAUUUGAGGAAGGUUCUUCAUCUCCCGGCCCUGAUAUGUACAUGGAUUCAGAAGGUGAAUCUGAGAGUGAGGAGGCCACCGAUGAUGAUUUGUCCUAUGAUGAUUAUUAUGAUGAUGAACAAGACGAAUCAAUAGAGGGGUCAGAUGUAGAUGCAGAUGAUGAUCUUGUUAGUGAAACCAACGAGACUGGAGACUCUGCAGUCAAUGAUGAAUAUGAUGAUAAGGACCAUAUUCUUUCAUAUUCAAGUUCAAAGUCCUCAGAAGUAAGUAAUUAUCUUGCAGUCGACCAAAGGUUGUCAACAAUUUCACUUGAAGUCUCAUUGCCUCUAUCUGAAGAUAUCAAAAGCUGUGAAGAUUUUGCAAGCCAAAAUAACAGUGCUUGUGCAGAUGAGUCCAACAAGCCCUGUGAAAAUUUCACAAGCCAAAAUAAAACUGCUUCUGCAAAUGACUCCACUAAGGCCACUGAUAUAAUUGAAGGCUUAUCCCCUGACCAAACUACAAUAAAUAGAUUAAAUUCUCCUAGCUCUUCUUCAUGUAUGAACAAAUCUAUAGCCAUGUCCAAUGGAACAAUGCACCAGCGACGCACUGUUUUGGGGCGAAAUUCUGGAAGGAAGAACCUUUCCAUGGAAUCCAUUGAUAUUCUUGACGAAAACAAAGCUGAAGUGGAGAGGCUUGAAGCUGUUAAGACAGAACUGCAAAUCCAAAUUGCAGCGGAGGGAAAAGUAAAUGCAAAGCUGCAAUCUUAUGUGGAAACACGAAAGGAAGCCUUGCAAGAGCGGCGUCUGGUUCUUGAGCGAGAUGUUGAUAAGUUACAGGAGCAGUUGCUAAAGGAGAAGAACUUUAGGGAAACUCUUGAAGCAGGACUUAAGUUUCUUCCAGGGACAUUAUCUGAAUUAAUUGGUAUUGAUGAACAGACCAGGACAGAUUUUGAGGAAUUAGUAAUGAUAGAAGCAGAUCUUGCCAACUUAGAAUUGAAGGUUAAUGAGCUUGGGGCACAGCUUAGUGCUCUACUUGAACGAAAUUAUGGUUCCAUGCCGAAUUUCUGCGAUCAAACCCAACGGAUAUCAGGCCAUGAAAGAAAUUUGAAGAGUAAGCCAGAUACAGAAGUUGCAGCCAUUUCAGAAUAUGAUAGAUCAAUAAGUAAGCAGGACAGUCAUUUUGGUGGAGCAGAAAAUGAGAAUGAGAGAAAACCAGAGUCAACACCUUUACCAAACAAACAUCCACCUAGUUCCAAGAAAUCUGGUGCAAGGGUUGAGGGAUCAUAUUACAUGUGGGAACUUCAUUUUCAAGAGCCUGGUUGGACUCGUGGUUUUGCAUUGGAGUUGUACUUUGACUCUACUUCCUUCCUUCUCCUUUCAUAA